UGUCUUUAAAUUUUUUUUUUGUUAAAUAUUAAAUAGCUUUUAUUUUUAUUUUUUGUUUUUUUUUGUUGUCAAAAUGGAAGUAAUAGAAGAUGGAAAUAUUAUGGAUAGGAUUCCUAUUCUAUUGCAAAGAGAUUUUCAAUAUUAUCAGGAAAAACAAACUGUCUUAUCUGAAAAAAUAUGUCAAGGAGUUGUUGGUGGGAGAUUGGAUUUUCCAAGGAAUGUUUCAUUUGCUGCUGUCAAAAUUGUUUUGUGGUUGGAAGAGGAAUUUCAAAUUGCAUUCAAUCGAGGAUCUGGAAUGUUUGUUAAAAUAGAGGGUGAGAAUCGUGUUGGUGGAGUAGUCAAGACAUCGGAUCCGGAGAAAUUUGUGCAAUUGGCUGUAAAAUCUGGUGACUUUUUACUUGAACAUCUGCAUACCCUCGCGCAAGAAGCACUCGACCACGCAGACCUUCCAGUGUUGACAGCCACGUUGGGAGCUGCUGCGUUACUUAAAAACACUUUUUACUACUAUGUCCAACAUGUAGAAGAAAGUGGCAAUACUGAAAGGCAUUCACGGUUACAGGCAUGUUACAAACGUUACGUGACAAUGUCGGAAGCUGUAGGCGAGAGAGUGUUAGAUUUACACAACCGAGUCCUGUCGCUAUACAUUCUCCAAGACGCGGGAGGCCGGCCUAUAGAGGACCAACGCGCUGUCGCUACAGGCACGCCCUCUGUGCAAGGAUGGUGGCUCUAUAUGAACGGUAGUCGAAAAGAUUUGUGGGACACCGUACCUCCGAGAAUGGCGCAAAGAAUAUUUGCCGGAAUGCUAAAUGAAACAUUAACUAUUCUGACAGUGAGAUAUUGUCAGACAAAUACCACAGAAAUAACAACACCCUUAUUGUUAAACGAUAUUCUGAACAUAUUACUUUGCGUGGCACAAUUAUUGCCCAGUAUUGGUGGGUGUGGCGCGCACGUGGCGGGCUUGGGGGCGGGGCUGGGGGCGGGGCAGCGCGACGUACGCGAUCUGCACGCUAAGUGCAACGAGCUAUUCAAAUGUAUGAUAUACAGGGGUGCUGAGUUGCAUUUCUUAUAUCAAGUAUUCAAAGAACAAGACAAAGACAUUCAAGUAGAAGAUUGUCCGUAUCCAUGGUAUACGUUCGUUAGCCCAAAUUUAUUCGACAGCUUGGAAAACUUCAACGUAAAACACACAAAAGAUUUACCGGACAAAACUGCGAUUGCAUUAGAGCUUCUUGUAUUAUUAGCACAGCCGCAGCCAUCUUGGACUUUAUUAGUCAAAGUAUUAAUGAUGCGAGAGUGUCGUGUAGCGCGUUUAUUAUUGCACACCGGCGUACGCAAUAUGUCAGUAGACAAUGCGCGCUGGCCGGCGAAUGGUCUCUGGUACGAUACAGAUGAACGCAAGAAAUGUGACGGCUUUCUGUGUACCGCUGAUGGAUUUUGUACGUAUAGGAGUGAUGGAGCUGUGGACGUGGAAUACGCUCGUAGUGUGGGAGCACUGACCAACAUAUUGGCUACAGUGGGCAGUAAAGCUGAGCUCAAGUCCACUCUGUGUUACGCUUUGGAAAUCUCCGGUCGGGAUUGGGCCUCGUGUUUGGAUAAACGUCAAGUAUGGUGCGACCGUCGUCCGCCGUGGCUGGCUGGUAUACUGGCCAUAGUGGGCACUGCGCUGCAGUUCGUGCCUCCCAUCUUAGUGAAUGCCAUACAAAGUGGAGCCUCCAUGUAUCAGACGAUGUCUCUCUGUUUGAGUUGUAUAUCGCGGUCUUUAGACUGCAUUCCGCGGUGUUUUACGAACGCUGCUGACGUCAUAGAGGGUACAUUACCAUCCAACGUGAGCCCUGUCGGCGGCUCCGUGCUGCUGCAGAUGUUGGUCACCAUCAUAUACGAGGAACUACAGAAUUGGGCAAAGAAAGAAAUUCUUAAAGAAGAAACUGUUGGUAACGGUGAAGCGCAUAAUUUAAACGCUAAACAAAAUAGAGCCAAAGUAAAACAAGUCAGGAUACGGACUCUGGCCGCUUCAAAUCCAUCCAGUUCAGUGAGUUUCGACGCGGCCCAUAGUACUCCGUCAUCGAUAGCUCUUGCGAUAGCAGAAGCGCUUUGCUCUAUUGAUGAAGAUGAUAAACAUACUCAAGAGAUACAAACUCUAGUUGCACAAACUAAACGAACAUUUAAAAUAUCUGAUCAGUUCGGAUUGGAGGAUUUUCCCGAGUUUGCCGUGUUUUUUGAAGAGGGCAGCGUACCAGCUAGUAACGCGGAGAGAGACAGCGACGCCGCCAUCUUGACGAACCAAAUAUUGAUGACGUCAUCAGGCCGAGAUAGUCUAAGAGUAAUGUAUGAUCAUCUUCAGUUGCAUUCAGAAUGGAUAUACAAAGAGCUGGGCGUCCAAGAGUCUUGUGAUGUAAACAUACCGUUGAACAAAGCGCCUCUCUUGUAUAUUAUGUUUCAUAUUGGAAGAAGACCAUUUGAUCAGUUUCUCAGAGGCGAAUGGGCGAUGCCGUGGAGCAAGUUAGUGUCUGUGGCGGCCGCGUGGUCUGGCGUAGAGGGCGCCAGAGUGCACAUCAACAGACGAGCAGACGUACGCAAUGUGAAGACGCACGGCAAAUGCAACAAGCAGCUGUUGGAAUUGUACAGCAUAUUUAAAGCUCCACAUGAAGGUCUUCUAUGAGAAAACAAACGAAACAGAUUACUGGAAAAUAUAAUAGUUUCUUGCGAUUAUCACUAGAUGGCGUUAAUUUCAAUUGUUUUAUG